AUCACAGAUUUAUCCUCUGAAACCUGAGCUCACCUCUUGUCUGAGUUGAACCCACAGUGCAGCCAUGGGCGAUGCAGAGAUGGCUGUGUUUGGGGCAGCUGCCUCUUACCUGAGGAAGUCAGACAGGGAGCGCAUGGAAGCCUCCACGCGUACCUUCGACAUCAAGAAGGAAUGUUUUGUCCCAGAUCAAGUGGAGGAGUUUGUGAAGGCGACCAUCACCAGCCGAGAUGGAGACAAGGUCACUGUGGAGACACAGCGUGGGAAGACCGUGACGGUCAAAGACACCGAUAUUCUGCAACAGAAUCCGCCAAAGUUCGACAAGAUCGAGGACAUGGCCAUGCUGACCUUCCUCCACGAGCCGGCUGUGCUGUUUAACCUCAAAGAACGUUAUGCAGCAUGGAUGAUAUAUACUUACUCUGGCCUCUUCUGUGUGACCGUCAACCCCUACAAGUGGCUGCCAGUCUACAACCAAGAGGUGGUCAUUGCCUACAGAGGAAAGAAGAGGACUGAAGCUCCUCCUCACAUCUUCUCCAUCUCUGACAACGCCUACCAGUACAUGCUGGCAGACCGCGAAAACCAGUCAAUUCUCAUCACUGGAGAAUCCGGUGCAGGAAAGACUGUCAACACAAAGCGAGUCAUCCAGUAUUUUGCGAGCAUUGCAGCUGGAGGCAUUAAAAAGGAUCCCAACGCCAAAGACAAGGGAACCCUGGAGGAUCAAAUCAUCCAGGCUAACCCAGCUCUGGAGGCCUUUGGCAAUGCCAAGACCAUCAGGAAUGACAACUCCUCUAGAUUUGGUAAAUUCAUCCGAAUUCACUUUGAUGCCAGGGGAAAGUUGGCCUCUGCUGAUAUCGAAACUUACCUUCUGGAGAAAUCCCGCGUGACUUUCCAGCUCAAGGCUGAGAGAGAUUACCACAUUUUCUACCAGAUUUUGUCCAACAAGAAGCCGGAGAUUCUUGAGAUGCUGUUGAUCACACUUAAUCCCUACGACUACGCCUUCAUCUCUCAGGGAGAAACGCAAGUGGCCUCCAUAGAUGACGCAGAGGAACUGAUGGCAACAGACAGUGCCUUCGAUGUGUUGGGCUUCACUCAAGAGGAGAAGAACUCUGUGUACAAGCUGACUGGAGCCAUCAUGCAUUAUGGCAACAUGAAGUUCAAGCAGAGGCCGAGAGAGGAGCAGGCCGAAGCUGACGGCACUGAGGAUGCUGACAAAUCAGCGUAUCUCAUGGGCCUGAACUCUGCCGACCUCAUCAAAUGUCUCUGUCACCCAAGAGUCAAAGUAGGAAAUGAGUGGGUCACCAAGGGACAGAAUGUCGCCCAGGUGAACUAUGCUGUUGGAGCUCUGUCCAAAGCUGUUUAUGAAAGGAUGUUCCUGUGGAUGGUCAUCAGAAUCAACCAGUCACUGGAGACCAGACAGCCUCGCCAGUACUUCAUUGGUGUACUGGACAUCGCUGGGUUUGAAAUCUUUGAAUUCAACACCUUUGAGCAGCUGUGCAUCAACUUCACCAAUGAAAAACUGCAACAGUUUUUCAACCACCACAUGUUUGUGCUGGAGCAGGAAGAGUACAAGAAAGAGGGCAUUGAAUGGACUUUCAUUGAUUUUGGUAUGGAUUUGCAGGCUUGUAUUGACCUCAUUGAGAAGCCCAUGGGUAUCAUGUCCAUCCUUGAAGAGGAGUGCAUGUUCCCCAAAGCCUCUGAUGCCACCUUUAAAGCUAAGCUCUAUGACAACCAUCUGGGGAAAUCUGCCAACUUCCAAAAGCCCAGAAUUAUCAAAGGGAAACCAGAGGCCCACUUUGCCCUGAUGCACUAUGCUGGAACUGUUGAUUACAAUAUCAACAACUGGCUGGUGAAGAACAAAGACCCUCUGAAUGAGACUGUUGUAGCCCUGUACCAGAAGUCUACUUUAAAGCUGUUGGCUACACUCUUUGCAAAUUAUGCUGGAGCUGAUUCAGUGGGUGAAGGUACUGAAGGUAAAAAAGAAAAAAAAAAGAAGGGAUCAUCCUUUCAGACAGUGUCUGCUCUUCACAGGGAAAACCUGAACAAGCUGAUGACCAACUUGAGGUCUACUCACCCUCACUUUGUGCGCUGCAUCAUCCCCAACGAGACCAAGACUCCUGGGGCCAUGGAGAAUCCUCUGGUGAUGCACCAGCUGCGCUGUAAUGGUGUGCUGGAGGGCAUCAGGAUCUGCAGGAAAGGUUUCCCCAACAGGAUCCUCUAUGGAGAUUUCAAGCAGAGAUAUCGCAUCCUGAAUCCCGCUGCCAUCCCUGAGGGUCAGUUCAUUGACAGCCGGAAGGGAGCAGAGAAACUCCUCGGGUCUCUGGAUAUAGAUCAUAAUCAGUACAAGUUCGGACACACCAAGGUGUUCUUUAAGGCUGGAUUGCUGGGUCUGCUUGAGGAAAUGAGAGACGAACGUCUCUCUAAAAUCAUCACUGGCAUUCAAGCCAGGUCUCGUGGUCUUUUGUCUCGUAUUGAGUAUCAGAAGAUGGUGGAACGCAGAGAUGCUUUGCUGGUGAUCCAGUGGAAUGUCCGUUCCUUCAUGGGGGUCAAGAAUUGGCCCUGGAUGAAGCUGUUCUUCAAGAUUAAACCUCUCCUGAGAUCAGCUGAGGCAGAGAAAGAGAUGGCCAACAUGAAGGAAGAAUUCCUGAAGCUGAAAGAGGCUUAUGCAAAGUCUGAAGCUCGAAGAAAGGAACUAGAGGAGAAAAUGGUUUCUCUUCUCCAAGAGAAGAAUGACCUGCAAUUACAAGUUCAAGCAGAGCAAGAUAAUCUCUGUGAUGCAGAGGAACGAUGUGAGGGGCUGAUCAAAAACAAAAUCCAGCUGGAGGCCAAAGCCAAAGAGUUGACUGAAAGGCUGGACGAUGAGGAGGAGAUGAAUGCUGAGCUAACUGCUAAGAAGAGGAAGCUGGAGGAUGAGUGCUCUGAGUUAAAGAAAGACAUUGAUGACUUAGAGUUAACUCUGGCUAAAGUGGAAAAAGAGAAGCAUGCCACUGAAAACAAGGUGAAGAACCUGGUCGAGGAGAUGGCAGCUCUGGAUGAAAUCAUUGCCAAGUUAACCAAGGAGAAGAAAGCCUUACAGGAGGCUCACCAGCAAACUCUGGAUGACCUGCAGAGUGAAGAAGACAAAGUCAACACUCUGACCAAGGCCAAAGUCAAGCUGGAACAGCAAGUGGAUGAUCUUGAAGGGUCUUUGGAGCAAGAGAAGAAGAUUCGAAUGGACCUUGAAAGGGCCAAAAGAAAGCUGGAGGGAGACCUGAAGCUGACCCAGGAGACUAUAAUGGAUCUAGAAAAUGACAAGCAGCAGUUGGAAGAGCGGAUGAAGAAGAAAGACUUUGAAAUCAGUCAGCUGAAUGGCAAACUUGAAGAUGAGCAGGCCAUAAUCGCUCAACUCCAGAAAAAGUUGAAGGAGCUGCAGGCCCGCGUCGAAGAGCUGGAGGAAGAGCUCGAGGCAGAGCGAGCUGCCCGAGCCAAGGUAGAGAAGCAGAGAGCAGACUUGGCCAGAGAGCUGGAGGAGAUCAGUGAGAGGCUGGAGGAGGCUGGUGGAGCAACCUCUGCCCAGAUUGAGAUGAACAAGAAGAGGGAGGCCGAGUUCCAGAAACUGCGCAGAGACCUUGAAGAGGCCACUCUGCAGCAUGAAGCCACUGCUGCCACACUCAGGAAGAAACAAGCUGACAGUGUCGCUGAUCUGGGAGAGCAGAUAGACAACCUGCAGAGAGUCAAGCAGAAACUAGAGAAGGAAAAGAGUGAGCUCAGACUGGAGCUGGACGAUGUUGUCUCCAAUAUGGAACAUAUUGUGAAGUCAAAGACUAUCUUGGAGAAGACCUGCAGAACUCUGGAGGAUCAAAUGAACGAUUACAGAAGCAAGUGCGAUGAAUAUCAGAGGUCCCUCAACGACGUCACCACCCAAAAAGCCAAGCUUCAAGCUGAGAAUGAUGAGCUAUCGAGACGGAUGGAGGAGAAGGAAUCUCUUGUCUCUCAGCUCACAAGGGGAAAGAAUUCCUACAAUCAGCAAGCUGAAGACCUUAAAAGACAACUGGAGGAAGAAGUCAAGGCCAAGAAUGCAUUAGCACAUGCAGUGCAGUCUGCUCGCCAUGACUGUGACCUUCUCAGAGAGCAGUAUGAGGAGGAGCAGGAGGCCAAGGGUGAACUGCAGCGUGGCAUGUCCAAGGCCAACUCUGAGGUGGCUCAGUGGAGAACUAAGUACGAAACUGAUGCCAUCCAGAGGACCGAGGAGCUGGAGGAGGCCAAAAAAAAGCUGGCUCAGCGUCUGCAGGAUGCUGAGGAAGCUGUUGAAGCAGUGAAUGCUAAAUGUUCCUCUCUGGAGAAGACCAAACACCGACUGCAGAAUGAGAUUGAAGAUCUCAUGGUGGAUGUAGAGAGGUCUAAUGCUGCUGCUGCUGCUCUGGACAAGAAGCAAAGGAACUUUGACAAGAUCCUGUCUGAGUGGAAGCAGAAAUAUGAGGAGUCUCAGUGUGAACUGGAGAGCUCUCAAAAAGAAGCCAGGUCUCUGAGCACAGAGCUCUUCAAACUGAAGAACUCCUACGAAGAAGCUCUGGAACAACUGGAGACCAUGAAGAGAGAGAACAAGAACCUUCAAGAGGAAAUUUCUGAUAUCACUGAGCAACUCGGUGAGGGAGGAAAAACUAUUCACGAGUUGGAGAAGGUUCGUAAGCAGCUGGACCAGGAAAAAAGUGAGAUUCAAUGUGCCCUUGAGGAAGCAGAGUGUUCUCUUGAGCAUGAGGAGGGAAAGAUUCUGAGAGCUCAACUUGAGUUCAAUCAAAUUAAAGCCGACAUUGAGCGCAAACUGUCUGAGAAAGACGAGGAGAUGGAACAGAGCAAGAGGAACCUGCAGAGGACCAUCGACACCCUGCAGAGCUCUCUCGAGGCCGAGUGUCGCAGCAGGAACGAGGCCCUGCGUAUCAAGAAGAAGAUGGAGGGAGACCUCAAUGAGAUGGAGAUCCAGCUUAGCCAGGCCAACAGGCAGGCAGCUGAGGCCCAGAAACAACUUAAAUCUGUUCAUGCACAUUUGAAGGAUGCUCAGCUCCAGCUUGAUGACGCUCUGCGCGCCAGUGAAGACAUGAAGGAAAACAUGGCCAUUGUUGAGAGACGCAACACGCUUCUUCAGGCUGAACUAGAAGAACUGAGGGCUGCUCUGGAGCAAGCUGAGAGAAGCCGCAAACUUGCUGAGCAAGAGCUGCUGGAUGUCAGUGAGAGGGUGCAGCUGCUGCACUCACAGAACACCAGCCUGAUAAAUCAGAAGAAGAAGCUGGAGGCUGAUACUUCCCAGCUUCAGACGGAAGUAGAAGACGCUGUGCAGGAGUGCAGAAACGCUGAAGAGAAGGCCAAGAAGGCCAUCACUGAUGCUGCCAUGAUGGCAGAGGAGCUGAAGAAAGAGCAGGACACCAGCGCUCACCUGGAGCGUAUGAAGAAGAACAUGGAGCAAACCAUCAAAGACCUUCAGCACCGUCUGGACGAAGCUGAGCAGAUCGCCCUAAAGGGAGGCAAGAAGCAAGUGCAGAAGCUGGAGGCCAGGGUGAAGGACCUGGAAAAUGAACUGGAAAUGGAGCAGAAAAAAAGCAGUGACGCUGUGAAGGGUGUUCGUAAAUAUGAGCGCCGCAUCAAGGAACUGACCUAUCAGAAUGAGGAGGACCGCAAGAAUAUCGCCCGCCUCCAAGAUCUGGUUGACAAGCUGCAGCUGAAAGUUAAAUCAUACAAGAGAUCUUCUGAGGAGGCUGAGGAACAGGCUAACGUUCACCUCACCAAGUUCCGCAAGCUUCAGCACGAGCUGGACGAGGCUGAAGAGCGAGCCGACAUCGCCGAGACUCAGGUCAACAAGAUGCGUGCCAAGAGCCGUGACGUGGGCUCCAAGCAAAAAGGAUUUGAUGAAGAGUGAAGCUCUGGAGCCCUCAGAGAUACUUUGCCCUGCUGUGUACCGUAGAUCCCCUCAACUACUAAUAUUCACCACCUGUAGUGCUUAAUAAAGAUGCAACAAGCUGCUGCACAA